UUGAAGUCUCCGGCUUGCCCUCACUUCUGUCUCCUUUUUAUUCUCAGUGUGAAUGAGUGUGCGGCUUUCUACCUGGAGCGCUGUAAUGGGAAAAGCCGCAUUCGCAGUAUUACUUCAUACAAGCUGAAAAAAAAAAGAAAAAAGAAAAGAAAGAGAGACAGAAAACGCCUUACUUGGCCUUUGGCGUCAUAUUCGUCGGUCGGACUUGCAGAGCGGAGGGACAUAGCCAUGGCUAAGUCAGCAGCAGGCAGCGCUAAUGAUGUCACACGCUUCCUCUCCAUGGAGGCGGGGCCGAACUCGCCCACCUCUGUAUUCUCUGCCUCCAGCCAAGCUGAUUGGGCGGCCAAGAGGCUUGUCUGGGUUCCCUCUGAGAAACACGGCUUUGAGUCUGCGAGUGUGCGUGAGGAGCGAGGCGAUGAGGUGGAGGUGGAGCUUACAGAUAGUGGCCGGAAAUUGACGCUACUGCGAGAGGAGCUUCAGCGGAUGAACCCUCCUCGCUUCAGUAAAGUGGAGGACAUGGCUGACCUCACCUGCCUUAACGAGGCCUCCGUCCUGCACAACCUGAGAGAACGCUAUUACUCAGGACUGAUCUAUACAUACUCAGGCCUCUUUUGUGUGGUCAUAAACCCGUACAAGAAUCUGCCCAUCUACACAGAGUCCAUUGUGGAGAUGUAUCGUGGGAAAAAACGUCACGAGAUGCCACCACACAUCUACGCCAUAUCAGAGGCAGCAUACAGGAGCAUGUUGCAAGACAGAGAAGAUCAGUCCAUUCUUUGCACAGGGGAGUCCGGAGCAGGGAAGACAGAGAAUACUAAGAAGGUGAUUCAGUACCUGGCACACGUGGCAUCAUCUCACAAAGGUGGCACUCUUGGCCGCAGCAAGGACAGCACUCUGCAGAUGGAUGGUACGCGUUCUCUGGGUCGUGGCAGUAGUACUGUAAACAGGGGGGAGCUAGAGAGGCAGCUACUGCAGGCCAACCCUAUCCUAGAGGCCUUCGGCAAUGCCAAGACCGUCAAAAAUGACAAUUCUUCCAGAUUUGGUAAAUUUAUCCGUAUUAAUUUUGAUGUGGCUGGAUACAUAGUUGGUGCCAACAUUGAGACCUACCUCUUGGAGAAGUCUCGAGCCAUCCGGCAGGCCAAAGAUGAGAGAACCUUCCACAUUUUCUACCAGCUACUCAGUGGAGCCUCUGAGGCCGUGAGAGCCGAGCUGCUCCUGGGCAGUGCAGAUCAGUAUCGCUUCCUGUGUGGGGGUUCAGUUCCUGUUCCAGGUCAGAGUGAGGCUGAGAACUUCACUCAGACCAUGGACUCCAUGAACAUCAUGGGUUUUACACAAGAGGAGUGCACAUCCAUGUUGAAGGUGAUCUCUGCCGUGCUGCAGUUCGGGAACAUCACCUUUCAGAAGGAGAAGAACUCGGACCAGGCAUCUAUGCCUGACGAUACAGCUGCACAGAAACUGUGCCACCUGCUGGGAAUCAGUGUGCUGGAGUUCAGUCGAGCAAUCCUCACUCCCCGCAUCAAAGUGAGCCGCGAGUAUGUGCAGAAGGCACAGACCAAGGAGCAGGCAGACUUUGCGGUGGAGGCUCUGGCGAAGGCCACCUAUGAGCGCCUGUUCCGCUGGCUGGUGCACCGCAUCAACCGAGCUCUGGACCGCAGACAGAGACAAGGAGCCUCCUUCAUCGGCAUCCUGGACAUCGCUGGGUUUGAGAUCUUUCAGCUGAACUCCUUUGAGCAGUUAUGCAUAAACUACACCAAUGAAAAGCUGCAGCAGCUUUUUAACCACACCAUGUUUGUGCUGGAGCAAGAGGAGUACCAGCGUGAAGGCAUCGAGUGGAACUUCAUCGACUUUGGGCUCGACCUGCAGCCCUGCAUCGACCUUAUUGAGAGACCGGCCCAUCCACCUGGCGUGUUAGCACUGUUGGAUGAAGAAUGUUGGUUUCCACGGGCAACAGAUCGGUCAUUUGUGGAUAAACUGUCGGCUGAGCAAGGCUCGCAUCCCAAGUUCUUCAGGCCACGGCAGCUCCGUGAAGAGGCUGAUUUCUCUAUAAUCCACUAUGCUGGCAAGGUGAACUACAAGGCUGACGAUUGGUUAGUGAAGAAUAUGGAUCCUCUGAAUGAUAAUGUAGCAUCUCUUCUACACCAGUCAUCUGACCACUUCAUAUCAGAGCUCUGGAGAGAGGAUAUUCAGACACUUCCUCGUGUCUACUUUUUUGACUCCUAUGCGUCUCUGCAGACCAAUGGUUCUGACAGCAUGGAGAGGAUUGUGGGAUUGGACCAAGUAGCGUCUGGAGGUCUGGCAGAGGGCAGUGGGCCGGUGACGUUUGGAGCAGCUGGACUGAAGACGAAGAAGGGAAUGUUCCGUACUGUUGGACAACUGUACAAAGAGUCACUGACCAAACUGAUGGCCACGCUGCGCAACACCAACCCCAACUUCCUGCGCUGCAUCAUCCCCAACCAUGAGAAGAGGGCAGGGAAGCUGUCCCCUCACCUGGUCUUGGAUCAGCUGAGAUGUAAUGGAGUGCUGGAGGGGAUCAGAAUCUGCAGACAAGGCUUCCCCAACCGUAUCCCCUUCCAGGAGUUCAGACAAAGGUAUGAGAUUCUGACUCCCAAUGCUAUACCUCGUACCUUCAUGGAUGGAAAGCAGGCCUCUGAGCUUAUGAUCAGGGCUCUGGAGCUGGACGGGAAUUUGUUCCGCGUGGGGCAGAGUAAAGUGUUUUUCCGAGCCGGAGUGCUGGCACAUCUAGAGGAGGAAAGAGAUCUGAAAAUCACUGACACCAUCAUCCGAUUCCAAAGUGCUGCACGCGGAUACCUUGCUAGAAGAGCUUUCCAGAAGAAGCAACAGCAGCUAAGUGCACUGCGAGUGAUGCAGAGAAACUGUGCUGCCUACCUGAAGCUACGCAACUGGCAGUGGUGGAGACUCUUCACCAAGGUGAAGCCUCUGCUGCAGGUGACUCGUCAGGAUGAGGAAAUUCAGGCUCGAGAGGCACAGCUUCAAAAAGCCAAAGAAAACCUGAGCAAAGUGGAGCAUGACUAUGUAGAACUGGAGAGGAAACACCAACAGCUGUUGGAAGAGAAGUCGGUCCUCACAGACCAGCUUCAGGCAGAGGCAGAGUUAUUUGCCGAGGCCGAGGAGAUGAGAGCACGACUGGCCAGCCGUAAGCAGGAGCUGGAGGAGGUUCUGGGGGAACUUGAGGGACGAUUGGAGGAAGAGGAAGAGAGGGGUGCCCAGCUAGCCAAUGAAAAAAAACGAAUGCAGCAACAUGUACAGGAUUUAGAAGAGCAGUUGGAGGAGGAGGAAGGGGCGAGGCAGCGGCUCCUGCUGGAGAAAGUUACUCUAGAAACCAAAGUGAAAAGUCUGGAGAAUGAGACCAUGACUGCAGGAGAGCAGAGGGACAGACUGAGCAAGGAGAAAAAGCAGUUGGAGGAAAGGCUGAAUGAGGUGGCUGACCAGCUGACUGAGGAAGAGGAGAAAGUGAAGAGUCUCAACAAGCUCAAGAACAAACAGGAAGCUGUUAUCGCUGACCUAGAAGAGCGCCUGAAGCGGGAAGAGCAGGGCCGUCUUGAACAGGAGAAAUGGAGGAGGCGCAUGGAGGGUGAGGCAGCCGAGGCCCAGGAGCAGCUCUCUGAAAUGGGCCUGCUUGUUACAGAGCUCAGAGGCAGCCUGGCUAACAGAGAGAAAGAGAUAACCACACUACAGACACGUUUGGAGGAGGAGAGUGCUCGACGUGCGGAGGCACAGCGGACUCUGAGGGAGGCCACGUCUCAAGUAUCUGAGCUGAAGGAAGAGGUAGAAAAUGAACGAGGGAUGAGAGAGAGGGCCGAGAAGCAGAGGAGGGAUCUUGGCGAGGAGUUAGAGGCUCUGAGGACAGAACUGGAGGACACACUGGACACCACUGCUGCCCAGCAAGAGCUCAGGUCUCGGCGUGAGGCUGAGUUGGGGGAACUCCAGAGACUGGUUGAAGAGGAGACACGGCGUCAUGAAGCCCAGCUCUCAGAGAUGCGAGUCAAACACAGUGCGGCCAUCGACUCCCUGCAGGAGCAGCUGGACAACGCCAAGCGAUCACGUCAGUCUCUGGAGAAGGCGAAGGCUGUACUGGAGGAGGAGCGCGGGAACCUGACAGCUGAGCUAAAGACCCUGCAGGGGGGUAAGAUGGAGAGCGAGAGAGCAAGGAAGAGAGCUGAGGGGCAGCUGCAAGAGCUCACAGCUCGCCUGGCCCAGGCCGAGAGAGAGAGGGAGGAGAGGGAGGACAGGCUCCACAAACUUCAGUUGGAGAUAGACUCUUUGUCCAGCUCCCUGUCUGCAUCCGACUCCAAAUCCCAUCGUUUGAGCAAAGAGGUCAGCAGUCUGGAGAGUCAACUCCAUGAUGCUCAGGAGCUGCUACAGGAUGAAACGCGUCAGAAGCUGGCACUUGGAUCCCGUGUGCGAGCUCUGGAGGAUGAGAAAGCAGCUCUGACGGAGAGGGUGGAGGAGGAAGAAGGAAAAACCAGAGAGCUCACACGCCAGAUCCAAACAUACACUCAGCAGCUUGCUGAGCUGAAGAGGCAGUCAGAAGAAGUGAAUGCAGCAGUGGAAGCAGGAGAGGAGAGCAGGAGAAAACUACAGAGGGAGCUAGAGAGCACCAUGCAAAGAGAGAGAGCCAAAGAAGAGGAGAGGGAGCGAGUGGAGCGCCAGAAGGAGCGCCUGAGAGAGGAAAUAGAAGACAUGACCAUUGCCUUGCAAAGAGAGAGACAGAACUGCACUGCUCUGGAGAAGAGACAGAAGAAAUUUGAUCAGUGUCUAGCGGAGGAGAAAGCAGUGAGUGCACGACUGGCUGAAGAGCGAGACCGCGCAGAAGCUGAGAGCAGGGAGAAAGAGACUCGUUUCCUGGCUCUAUCUCGGGCUUUACAGGAAGCUUCAGAGCAGCGCGAUGAGCUUGAGAGAGCCAAUAAGCAGCUUCGCCUCGACAUGGAGCAGCUCGUCAAUGCCCAGGAUGAUGUGGGCAAGAAUGUGCAUGAACUGGAGCGUUCUCGACAUGCUCUAGAGGUGGAGGCACAGUCACUGAGAGAGCAGACGCAGGAGCUAGAAGAGGAGCUGGCUGAGGCAGAGAACUCACGUCUCCGGCUAGAGGUCACACUGCAGGCACUCCGAGCCCAGUUUGAGCGCGAGAUCAGUGCCAAAGAAGAGAAAGGAGAGGAGAAGAGACGGGCCCUUAACAAACAGGUGCGUGAAUUAGAAACUCUGUUAGAAGAAGAAAAGAGUCAGAGAGCUCAAGCGCUGUCUAUCAAGAAGCAGAUGGAGGCAGAGCUCCAAGAGGCUGAGGCUCAGGUGGAGGCAGCCACUCGGGGCAGAGAGGAGGCUCUCAGGCAGAUAAAACGACUCCAGACUCAGAUGAAGGAGUUGUUGCGGGAGUUGGAUGAGACCAAGAUAGCUCGAGAUGAAAUUAUCGUCCAAUCAAAAGACAGCGAGAAGCGCCUGCAGACUCUAGAGGCGGAGCUGCUGCAGCUGACAGAGGAGCUGGCCGUGUCUGAGAGGUUGAGGAGACAGGCUCAGCAGGAGCGGGACGAGCUGUCUGAAGAGAUUCUCAACACCGCCAGUGGGAAGACGGCACUGUGUGAUGAAAAGAGACGUCUGGAGACGAGGAUCAGCCAGCUGGAGGAAGAUUUGGAGGAGGAGCAGAACAAUGCUGAGCUCAUGGCUGAGAGGCACAGGAAGACCAUGCUGCAGGUGGAGACUCUGACAGUGCAGCUGGCCGGGGAGAGGACACUGGUGCAGAAGAGUGAGGGGGCGCGAGAGAGUCUUGAGAGGCAGAAUAAGGAGUUGAAGACCAGGCUGACGGAGCUGGAAGGAGCUGUGAGGGGCAAACACCGCCUCAGUGUUGCUGCCCUGGAGUCGAAAAUUGAAAACAUGGAGGAACAGCUGGAACAGGAAAGACAGGAGCGUGCGAUGGCCAACAAGCUGGUGAGGAAAACAGAGAAGAAGCUAAAGGAAGUGGUUAUGCAGGUAGAGGACGAGAGGAGACACGCAGACCAGUACAGAGAGCAGCUGGACAAGUCAAUGGGGCGUCUGCGGCAGCUGAAGAGGCAGCUGGAGGAGGUGGAGGAGGAGAAUUCACGCACAAACGCCCAACGCAGAAAGCUGCAGCGAGAGCUCGAGGAAAUGGGAGACAGCAUGCAGAGCAUGACACGAGAACUCAACACCCUGCGCUCCCAACUCAGCAGCACAGAACAGCCCAAAGGCACCAAACGUGCUCCGCUCCCGCUCUCUGUACGUGGAGGUCGGAGAGCUCUGGUGGAUGACCUCUCUCAGGAGAACUCUGACUCUGAAGAGCCUCCCGCCUCACCUACGCCCUCUAGUGGCCUUCCAGGAACCCCUGUGCCGUCCGAUAGUGCCCUGGGUCCACCUCCCCCAUACAGCCUCACAGAUGCGAGUGAGCAGAGGGAGGAAUGAUGGGCAGAUAGGUGAACGAUAGAAGGAAUAGACGAACAGACUAAUCUAUAAACUGACACAGCGCACACUGUAUUGACUAUACCUCUGCAGCCAAGGCGGAAGUUAUUAUAUUGAAGAUACACAUGAGCGUUCACAGAGGAAAUAAUACUAGUACUACUGAAAUCAGUCAUAUGCUGACAUUGAAUAAGUGGAAAUCCAGCUUCUUUUCCUAACGUUCUAAGGAAAAAUAGCAUUAAAGUAUCAGAGAAGCCAAAUAUCAGUGCAAUGUAUAUCAGGCUUAAUGCGGCAACACAAUUUCUCAUGCACUCUCACUAUUCAGAGGUCUCAGAUGAGUUUAUUGUGAAAUGUGUGAGUUAAGAUAGCUGCACAAACCCUAUGCGCUUUUUCAGUCAACCAUAAGCCAUGUAUUUAAGGGCAAUCUACAUGUUUAUGAUGGCAAUCAAAAAAAAAAAAAACGUAACCAGACAUUCUUCAAAUGCAGAACCAUGAUAAGACAAACUCUCAAUGGCUGUGCUUGCAUGAAUGAUUAAACUGCAGUAUUACUUUCAGGCUUUCUCUCUCUCACUUUAGCUGAAAUUGAUUUUAGGAAUUGGGAAUUAAAAUUUUUAACGAAACAGUAUUUGUCUUCAAAUUGUUAUAAUAGAGAAAUUAACUUUUUUUAAUCAAAUGUGAUUUGGUAAGGAUGAUUUUAUUCAUAUAAGUCAGACAUUUUCAUAUCAACAAGAAAGUGAAAGAGAGAAAAUGAUGUACUGUGAAAUAUCUACAAAUAUGAGCCAGGCAUGCUAGGUUUGACAGGAACAGUAAGAUGAUCAUGCAAAUCUUCAAUCCAAAAACAGAAUCAUGUAGGACAAAAAUUAAACAUUUGAAGACAGUAAAUAGGAAGAUCACAUUUAUGAAUUCACUUUCAUAAAAUUCAUGAAUAUUAGUAGUAGACGUAAUGAUUCAGUGAUAGUUCUCAUUGGCUCAAAUGGUACUGGAAAUGAUAAACACUUGUACAAGGAACACAAUAAGAUUAAUUUUAAGAACUGUUUUCCAUAAGAACAAUAUGAAAUAAUGUUCAAUUAUCAUCAUAGGUAAUAUUCAGCACUUCUGAGUAGCAAGGCUUUUUUUUUUCAGUUUCGUGUUACAUCCUGUUCCUGAGUAUCUUAAACACUGACUUUGCUUUUUUAGAUGGUCAGUUCUGAAGUGAGUUCAUGUGUUAUGUAGACUGUGAGCAGUUAAAUGAGAUUUUUUGAAGUACUUCUUACAUCAUGUCACUCCCAGUUUCAGUCUGCUUAACUGUAAUAUUUGUCAGUCUAUCUAUUCUCAUUAUCCAAGGUAUUUAUUUAUGUUUUGAAUGUCAUGUUGCUUAUACUUUGCAGUGUAACAUUAAAUGCAGACAGAGAUCCUGAGGGAGAACACUGUGUACAAUUCCGUGCAUUUUGAAACAAAUACACUAAAUCUAGAGUGGUAGCGAAGAAAAGAUUUUGUAAUUGCAGAUAAAAAAAAUUAACAAAUGGUCAUCCUGUGCACUAUGCCAUUUUAAAAAUAUCCUUGGGUUCAUCAAUAUGACAUUUCUUUAUAACAAGUUGUGUAAAACAUUUAUGGACGAAAGCUUUAUGUUUUACCAAAUUGAUGGCAUAUGGGUGUAAAAAGGGAUAUUAACAUCAGUAGUUAGAUAGGAAGAACGUACAUGUAAUUUACAGUGAAACUCAGUGGCAGUUUCAACACCCAGGACCUAAUUCUUUCCCAGAAUUUCAUCCUAAUUUAUUGCCUGCACCAAGGAUGAGGUAUUGCACGUUAGAUCACAUUUUUAUGAAGUCUCUUGUAGCUGUUUGGUGAAAGUGAGGGUUUAAAGGUAUUUUUUAGUCAGAGAUCUUAAUGUGAGAAAAGAUGGUACCUACGUGACAGAGCCUUAUAACUUGUUUUUCCUGAUUAUUUCUAUGUGCUUUAAUGUCACAGUAGAGUUAGUAACAUUAUCAGUGAAGUGCAUUAAACCACACAGAAGACUCUCUAAAACUCUGCUGAAAGUCUUCUUUUAGAGGUCUGUUGGGCAAAGAUGAGACCUUUCCAUUAGUGUAAUGUCUAUUAUAUUCACCUCAAAUAAAAAGCUGCUCUUGUAUUUUUUUCCAAGUUCCAUUUUAGACACUUCUGACUAUUUCUUUGUUUAUGCAGAUGUCAGCUAAUCAAAUAAAAAUGUUAUGACACUGUUACAGUUUUACAGGAGUUAGUUGUUUAACGUACUUAAAUGAUGUUCAUAUUUGUUCACAAUAAAGGUUUUAGGUUUAGGACCAAACAAUCCACUGCAAUCUUGUACCUUUAAUUUAUUAGACAUAUGUUGUGAGAAUUAAGAUGUAGUAAGGUUGGUCUCUUUGCCCGCCUGCUCUGUGUUGUUUGCUAAAGCUGUUUCUUUGUGCAAUAACAGUAAUUUAGAUGCACUGGUGCUGUAAAGGCUGGUGAACUACAGGUACAACAUGUUUACCGGCACUACAUAUUGUUCAGGACCCACACUGGCAAUCGUGUUUAGCUGACACUGUUCAUGAUAUAUUCUCAUCAGUAUUAUGGGAGAACAUGUUGACUGAUAAAUCUACUCUCAUAAUAAAUGUUGUCAUAACUUCGCCAUGUGUUUUUGUCCCAAUUGAAUAUUCGCUUUAUUAUUUUAAACUUAAAUGAUAUAUUAUUUUAAACUUAAAUGAUAUAGACAGGCUUUUUGGUUUUGCCAAUUUCAAUUAAUUGAAAUUACACUCUUGAAAAGUACACUUUAAAGAAGCUCUUGGCCCUCACAUGUAAGUGGACCGUAAUAUUUACACGUAACAUUGAGGCUACAUGUAGCAUUCUCCUGUAUUUGGUAUAGGAAACUGUAAUGUAAAAAAAGAAACAACAACAUUUUGACCCUUUAGAAGCUCUAGUCAAACCUUUCUUUGUAAAAUACACAUUAAUAUUUGUUUUAGAUUUCUAUACUUGUUAAGAAAAAAGUAACAGUCUAGGCUGCUGAAUUACUAAAGAGCAUCUAAUAGUGAAUAAAGGGUCAGCAAAAUAUCAUUUGGAGUUCUCCAUGACAGGAUUAGUACUGUCUUAAACAUCUUUGUUUUGUGCCUCUGUGGAACUUUUGAACUAUUUAUUUGCUUUUUUUUUGUUUUGUUUAAUUUGGCUAUAUGAAUAAAAUCUGACUGGGGUGAAUUUUAA